UUAUUAAUUUCUCUCCCUGGCAUUUUAGGGACCAUGCCUCGCUUGUGUGGAAUAUUUGUAUUCCUUAGCAUAUGUCUGGUUUCCUUCACACCACCUUGUGAUGGAGGAAACAUUCUAGUGUUUCCUGUAGAUGGCAGCCACUGGAUCAACAUGAAGAUCCUGCUAGAGGAACUCCAUGCCAGGGGCCAUGACAUCACUGUGAUGAGGGCCUCCACCAGCUGGUACAUCCCAGAGAAGUCUCCUCUCUACACCUCCAUCACACUUGAAAUGGACUCAGAGAUAGAGAACUUUUUUGAUGUGUACCUACAGGAGCAUAUGAGGGCCCAGAGAGAGGGGGCUUCAGCACUUACGUUCUUCAAACUCACAAAAGAUUUCCUCUCUAUGAUUGCUGAGGCCCAUUCAAUAUGGUCUGACGCCCUCGUUCAAAUCCUUGAUGAUAAAAAUCUGGUCAAAAGCUUAAUGGAUUCCCAGUAUGAUCUGGUUCUCACUGACCCAGCGAUAGCACCAGGGGUUGUGCUAGCCAAGUAUCUCAAACUGCCCAUUGUGCUUAAUGUUCGCUGGAUCACCAGUGGAGAGGGCCACUUUGCGAUUGCCCCCUCACCACUCUCUUAUAUCCCAGUGCCAGGAUCGGGCUUAACGGACAAAAUGAAUUUCCUUCAGAGGGUCAAGAACAUGCUUUUCUACAGUAUCAUUUUGUUCCAGCAGAAAUUUCUGGUGGGGCCAAGCUAUGAUACCAUCUGUGACAAAUAUAUUGAGGGCGGAUGUAACAUCAUCUCGCUUCUUCAGGAGGCAGACAUCUGGCUGUUCAGGUCAGAUUUUGUGUUUGAGUUCCCUCGGCCCACAAUGCCAAAUGUCAUUUACAUAGGAGGGUUCCAGUGCAAACCGGCCCAACCUCUGCCAGCAGACCUGGAGGAGUUUGUUCAGAGUGCUGGGGAGCAUGGAGUGAUCAUCAUGACACUGGGAACUUUGGUUAAUGCUUUGCCCAGAGAGGUUGCGGAUGAAAUUGCCAGUGUCUUUGCCAAAAUGCCUCAGAAGGUAAUAUGGAGACACAAAGGGGAACAUCCCUCGACUCUGGGCAACAACACCCUGAUAGUGGAAUGGAUGCCACAGAAGGACCUUCUUGGCCACCCACAGACCAGAGUGUUUGUGGCUCAUGGAGGAACUAAUGGAGUCCAGGAAGCCAUUUACCACGGCGUACCUGUGCUCGGCAUACCCUUAUUCUUUGACCAGUAUGACAACCUUCUACGUUUGCAGGAGAGAGGAGCUGGAAAGAUCAUUGAGCUAGGUAACGUUAAUGGCCACAGUUUUGAGCAAGGUCUGAAGGAAGUGCUCCAUCAAGACAGAUACAGACAGAAUAUGCAGAGACUGUCACGUUUGCACAGAGAUCAGCCAAUGGCACCCAUGGAUCAGGCCAUCUUCUGGGUGGAAUAUGUGAUGCGCCACAAAGGGGCCCCUCACCUGCGUACAGAGGCCUAUAACAUGCCCUGGUACUCAUAUUACUGUUUAGAUGUAUUGCUGCUGUUGCUGACUGCAGUGACUAUACCGCUGCUCUCUACUUUGGCAGUUUUUAGGUUCCUGUGCUGCAGAAGUAGAAGAAAAAACAAAAGCAAACAGCAUUGACUGAGGUCAAAUUUGUUUAGGAAUAUAACUUAAGUUCUCUAAAGCACUGUAUUUAGAUUAAAAAAAAAUCUUAAGGUAUCUUGUUUGUACCUCAUUAUUUUUUAUGAUGCUGAAUGACAAGUCAACUAAUUUAGCCACAAUUAUUACAUUCUAGUUUAAGAAAUUUUUUGUGUGUUUUUUGUUGGAUUAGUUUUGGCUAAAAUCAGUUCAGAUCUGAUAAGAUGAAUUAAGUCUAGAUAAUCAACAAUUAAAAAAAGUUGUCCAACAUAUUUGUCCCCAUUCUAAUUUUGAAUAAAGUAAAGAAUAAUAAAUGUAUAUU